UAUUUUUUUUUUUUUUCCUUUUCGGGGGAGUACCAAGCAAAGCAAAACUACUGGGUUGUGAGGGAAGUAAGCUCGGGAACCAUGGAGUGCGCAUGGAAGGGGCGUGGGACUCGGUGCACGGGACCAGCCAAAAGACGUUGUGGUCGCUGUGGCGCUGUUGCUUAUUGCUCUCUUUCUCACCAGAUUUCGCAUAGGAAUGAGCAUAAAGAAGAGUGUAAAAGAUUAGAACAACAGAUGAAGCACAUAGAUAUCGUGAAUGAAUUUCCCUUUACUUUUUCUGAAGAAGCUACCGUCAAGAUAUGUGAAAAGCAGGAGACAAGGUGCUCAUUCUUUAUCAAAAAGGGCAUCCACCAGUUGGGAAUGUGGUUAUAUGAGUGCCCUUGUGGGACAUCAGUUAUUUCCCUAGAUUGCUCAAGGUCGACUAAUGGUUGGGAUCUCCCUGAUGAAUUGUGUCCAUGUAAAGAGCCUGUAUAUCCAAUAUCAAAGCAUUUAUGUAGUUGGAAGGAGUACUAUGAGUGGAGGUGCAUCCCACUACAUUCUCCUGUUGCUUUGCUUCUUCACUGGCCACUUACAAUUUACCAUGCCACUAAAGUUGUGGGUCUGGGAAGCUGGGCUUCUCAAAUUAGCAAACAACUGCAGAUACACUAUCUUGGCCCUGAGAAAGAGCUUCAGCAGCUUGCUGUCUUUGCAGAGUUGCAUGCACUUUUUCCUGAUGUUCAUGUGCAUAUGGAGCUUAUUGGACCUGCCAUUCCACAAAGUAGGGACGGUGAGAAGAUUGAUUUAUGCAAAUAUGCUCAUUGCCUUAGAACAGAUUGCUUUUGCAAAUCAUCAAGCAAUACCUGGGGCUCAAACAGCAGUGAAAAUUUGGCAAUAACAUUGCAGCUUCGAAGAGGAUUUUAUCAUGACCGUUACAAAGAUAUAGCGAAGGAGUCAUCUCCUCAUUUUAUCAUUGCUCCCAAUGCUGGCAUUGCUGCUUACUCAAGUUGGUUGCCAACUAUGGAGCUAAUAAAAGAGCUUGGUGUCCCAGCUGUAUUUUCUGAUUAUUGUGAAGAAGCAUGUCAUCUUGGAGCUGGUUGCAUAAGCAGUGUAACUGGCAGUACUCUAAAUCUUCCUAUUCAACUAAAUCCAUUCAGGCAGCCUAUGGUGGUGGAGGAUAGCGCUCUUCUUCUCCCCUGUUAUUCUAAUUGCUUCCUUUAUGGAAUAUGAAAAUGCCUGCUUCCAAAUCAAACAAUCUUUAGUAGCUUUCUUCAUUGGCUUUUCCACCCCCGCCCCCACUUCCUUUUAAUGUGUAAAAAGCAACUUAAAUUUUGCUGACUAAAUCUUUUUUUAUUUUAGCAUGUAAUAAUGGGCUUUUCGUUCUAUGUAUGGUAAAACAUUAGCCUUGUUAUUAGUAUGAUGAUUAUUAUUAUUAUUA